CUGUGUGUCUCUGUGCUGGGGAAGUACUAGCUCUUGCAACUCGGAUCAGAUUCAGGGCUGAAACCAGACUUUCACUUUCGAUACUGACAUUCUGGCUGCGUUUUUUUCUUCUUGUUUUUAACGCGGAUCCGGGGCUCAGAUGGUCGACAGAGUUUAAAAUGGAGAGAACCAUACAAGUGUCUGAUCUCCCCACGGGUAUUUCAAAGCGGAGCCUUGAAGACAAACUCAUGAUUCACUUCUUGAGGGCUAAGAACGGAGGAGGCGAAAUCAUCGAUGUGGUGUUCCCGACUGAGUCGCUCUCGUCUGCUCUCAUAAUCUUUGAAGAGGCAGAAGUGGCUCAAAGAGUUCUCCAAAUUGAAAAUCAGAUUCUUGCAAUUAAUGGGAAACAGUACAAAUUAAAAGUGAGAUCUGCUAAUUCUGAGAUCAAAAUUGAUCAGGUCAUCCCCCACAUUUCCAUGACAAUAGACUAUGGAAAACUCUAUGGUGGAAAAAGAUUAAUGAAACAUUUUCAGAAGACACACAAAGAUGUUCAGUUUGGUUUUGAUCAGAAAGUAGAACACUGCACUGUGGUCGGAACAUUCUCAGCCAUAAAGGAGCUCAGUGGAGAGAUUCAUCACCUGCUCAGUUUAAAUCCUGACCAAAGCAGCAUCAGCUCUAAUGAAACUAAGCACCAACUGCACAACAGCCUUGAAAGUGCAGCUUUCAGUAGUUCAAACAGUAUUGGGAAAGAUGCCUGGAAAUCAAAUGCAGUCUCUAAUGCCAAGGGGGAUGGUUUAGAAUUGCAAACUAAAUCUGGAUUGGAAAGUUCUGUUAGUGGCAGGAGAGGCACUGAUUUGCAUCGAUCCAAAGAGCAACAUACUGGCACUUCAGAGGAUUACACUUUAUUGAUGGAUUCUGAUAUUUACAUGUAUAUUCAGAAAUUUUAUAAAGAUGGGUAUCAAAACAUCCUGCACAAAUAUCUUGUGGAGGCAUUAGAUAUUGGUGAUGAAGGCAUCACCAUGGUGUUUUUGCAAGCAGCUGCUGGUUGUCUGGACAGUGGAACCUCACUGCAGCGAGCACAUCGUGAACUUUCUCAGCUCUACCAAGAAUUUGAGUUUGCGCUUCGCAAGGAACAGAUCAGGAAGGAAAGUCUAACUUCUGAUGUCAAACUGCUGCAGAACAUCUUUGUCAGCAUUCAGGCACAAUUCCCCCAAAUAAAUUUCAAUGAAGAUGUAAAAUAUUUUUACCUAAUAGGCACUUCAAAUGAUUGCUCCUUAGCCAAGAAAUACCUACAGGAUUUGAAGGAGGAACUGGAAGUUAGAUCUCAGAAAGAAAGGCAUGUGACAUCAGGCAGCUUCACUGAAAGCCACCAGACCAGUAGCAGCAGUGCAUCUCACACUCUGCAAGAAUUUAAGGACAGCAGUUCAUUUAAUCAAGUAGGAUCUCCAAAGACAGAUGUCAGAAAGGAUCACAAAUUGGCUCCAACCUUCAAUGGUAAAAGGGAAGUUGACAGUGCUUUUUUAGCAGGAAGCAGGAUAGCUAAGGAUGAUUUGGUUCUUAAACCUGAGCAGACAGCUGAUCAACUGAUGACAGGCUCUGGUAAGGCAAGAAGUUCACUGAUGGAUACCAGGAAUUGGGAUCAACAGCACGGUCCCCAGCACAGUACUACUACCAAUGAGAUAUUUACUAAUGCUGAUAAAGCAUUAGCCGGUGGAAGAGGGCAGUUAGUUGCACCCAAUAAAGGGUCGCUUACCAAGACCAACAAAGAUUUUUCUGUGUUAACUGAUCAGGCCAAGCUACUGAAAAGUCCUGACAAAACAGGCAGUGACAUUUUGUUCAAGGGAGAUGAAGAUUCUUCCACCCUUUGUACAAAUAAAGGACACCAACAUUUCCAGUAUAACAGAAGUAGCAAAGCACAAGGUCCUGUAAAGCCAAGCCACUUCGAAACAUCAGCUGGCACUCUCUUUCACCAAGGAGAGCUGCUGGACACCAUGCAGACUAUUCAGUCCGUUACUACCGCCAAAAGUUCAGAAGGUCUGUCGACCAAAACACCUUUGAGAAAAACCAAUAGUUUCUCUGGAUGCUCGAAAUCAAAGCGGUCCACAGAAGCUGUCAACAGUUUCCAAGAGAAGCCCACUGAAGUAGUGCCCAAUACUGAAGAACUUCUAGUAGAUUCAGAUGUGUGGUCUUAUCUGAAGGACAUCCAUGAAUCUAGUAUUAGACAGAUUGUAACCAGAACAGAAGUUAUGGUGAAUGAACAGUUGCUGGGAGAUACAACAGGAUUGAAGUUAAUGGCACUGAAUAGAGAGAAUGUCAGAGCUGCCAAGGAAGAUAUUUUGUCACUUUACACUUUGGUCAUGAAGCAUUUGACUCAACAGUUCCUUUCUUACAAGGAUCUGGGUAUAGAAAUCAUCACUGAGAAAAUUGUGGAGCAAUGGAGAAGCACACUAAAAAGAAAAUUCCCCAAAGUAAAAGUCAUUGCUUCUCAGGCUGGUUUCCACAUUAUUGGCACACAUGAACAUUGCUUUAAAGUGAUAGAAGCUUUUAAGCCCGAGUUAAAAUACGCAUCUUUGGAAGACUUGUCCUGGAUGGACACUGCGUCCAUCCCGGCUUCUAAUCAGCAUCCAUUACUUGACACUGAAAAGUUCAAGGACGCAGAGGGAGAAAACCUCACUAAAUCUGUGGAUGGUUUAUCCUCUUUGGGCCAGGUUCCUCAUGCCAGGAAGCCUGAAGACUUCAACACCCCAGACUUCCAAGUGGAUAGUGUCAGUCUGCAAACAACUGCAAAAAGGAGAGAAGAACAAACGUUUCAGUCAAAUAAAGAACUUACUGAAACCACAAGUCCGGGGAAGGCAGCAGAGAGUUCUAAAAUUUGUAGUUCUCAGCCAGAUGGAGAGGAGCAGUUUUUGAACAAGCAGUUAAAGUAUCCAAAUGAGAGGGAUGGCCCUGUGUUAAAUUCAAGGCAGGAACAGAGUCAAUUUAUGGAUCAGAAGAGAUCAAAAACUCUUGAUGAAUGGAGUGAUUUUGAAUCGCUUCAAGAUCAGGCUGAUUAUAAGUGUCAGAAGACGAUCAAGCAGAUCGGAGAUGUGGAAGGAGUCAAGGCAAGGAAGACAUUGCCUGAUAAAUUUCAUCUUCCAUCCAACAAGCUGACAAAGGAAAGCCAUUGGUACAAUAAAGAGAGCAGCUUCCAUCGCACUAAGGUGGACAGCGGUACACAGUCAUUGCCAGUACUCUCUUAUACAGGUACAUUAGCCUCAUCAUUGCAUCAAAGAAAUAAUGGCCAAUAUAUCACUGAGUUAGCUACAGAUUCAAAAGACCAAAUGCAAGUAAAAUAUGUACAGCAGCAAACUGAGAGCCAUGAAUUAGUGCCACAAGAAAGCAAGAUCUUGAGAAAUUCUCAGCAAAGUCAACCCAGAAGUCCAGCUAUAGGAAUGGAUGCACAAGAGCCAAGUGAACCAACCAUGGCAUGCUGCAACUGCAAGAAAAGUGGCAAGUUGUCAAAGGUGGAUUGCGGCCAUGUUCUGUGCAAGGAUUGCUACACAGCUAAUCAGCAAUUUUGUUUGGCCUGUGGUCAGAAUGCUGGCCCAAAUAAAAAUAAAAGCCAGUGUAUGCCUUCUAUGAAGUUUGUAUGUCUGAAUAUUAGUUUAAGCGGAUUUCCAAGGGAAGUGACCUGGCAAAUAACCUAUGACAUCCCUGACGGUAUCCAACAGGAAAGUGAUCCAAACCCAGGAGAACCAUUUAAAGGAGGGCAAUUUAAAGCCUAUUUGCCUGACUCUGUUGAAGGAAAGAAGGUUUUACUAUUGCUAAGGGAAGCUUUUACUAGGGGCCUGAUCUUCAAAGUAGUAUCUGAUCCUCCAAGUCCAGCCCACGUGACAUGGAAUGAGAUUCCUCAUAAAACAGCUACAACUGGAGGUAAACCACAGAAUGGUUAUCCUGACCCAGGCUACUUGAGGAAAGUUCUGGCAGCUUUGGCGAAGCAUGGGCUUCAAUGAAAUCACAUGUAUCACCACCCAGCUUGAAGUUUUUGCAUUGUACAAGUUUUGCUGUGAGUUUAUUUCAGUGUGCUUUCUCUUUUCAAAUUCUGCAUUCAGGAUAAACAAGAUACUGACCAAAGUCAGUUAUUUCAACACUGGCUCAUUUGGGUGAAUUGCUUUGGAUGCUUUUGAAUAUGCACUUGGGGAUUGAAGUUUAAUAUCAUGAGUAGUUUCCAGAUGUUUAACACAUUCCACUGUCUAAUUUUACAGCAAAUCUUUAUUUUUUAAAUAAAUCACUAUACAUAAGCAUCAUUGUUUGGUUUGUGAAGUGGUGUAAAAUCAGAUGCAUACAACAUUUCAAUUCUACUUUAUGGUCAGGUUGCAACAUAUAUUAAAAAAAAAUCAUCACCUAAAUCACAAUGUGGAAACAUUUCAUUAUUCCCUAGAUCUGUAACUUGUCAAGGAAAUCUAUGGAGGAGGUAGACUUUGCAUUCCUGCAUCACAGUUUGAGGAUUGCAAGAUCUGGCCACUUGCACUUCCUUAAUGACCCAUCAUGUGGUUAGAAAUGUGGGGGCAAAAAACAAAGUAUUACAGAUGCUAAAAAAUCUGAGACCACCAAGAUCUGGGAAAGAAAUGAAACAAAUUAAAUUGCAGAGGAAGUUAUGUGGUGGUAGGGGAAAAGAAACCACAAGGGAAGGUCUGAUAGGGUGGAGACCAGAUUGAAUAGUAUGUGGU